AUGACCGGUCCGUCUCUAUCGCAGAUUCUCGAUCCCCCGCGACCAGUUUCGUCCGUUUUGCAUGCUGCUCAACCAUAUCAACCUCAGCCUCAAUCUCGACCCAGUGCUGCUGUGCCGCCGCCGCUGCGUACCGGACCUUCAGGCCAACCCUUUGGUAUUGGUCACGGCUCGCUGGCCACAAUCCCAGAGUCGCUUUCGUCGCAGCCGUACCUCAAUGCGGCCGAGUCCGCUCCCCCCUUGGCCUCUGCCUUGACCUCGACCUCGACCACGACCACGACCACGACCACGACCACGGCCACGACCGCGGAACCGCUGCCAGUUGAGGGCUCUGCUUCUGCUACGCCAUCACGUCAGAACCAUGGAGGCAACAACUUGUAUGCAUGCCGGGAUUGUGGACGCUCCUACUCUCGGCCGGAACACCUCGUCAGGCACGUCCAAACUCACACGCUAGGUCGUCGCUUUUCUUGCGAGAUCUGCCAAAAAUCCUUUGCUAGAAAGGAUCUUCUGCGUCGUCACGUUGCGAACCAUGAAAAUGAUACGCCGCAUAAACGACGGCGAACAAACUCGUCCCCGGGAGCUGGUCGUGUCUCUCAGGCGUGUCGACCAUGCGCCGUGGCCAGAGUCAAGUGUGACGAUUGCAAGCCUUGCAGGCGUUGCGUGAAUCGCAAACUGACUUGCAUCUUUUCAGAAGCCGGUCCCUUCUCCACUCCUCAUCACCAUUUGCCAGUAAAUGCACGUGCUACAGCUGCCCAGCAUUCUGGCCAUUCCUCCGCAGCUGUGGCAGCACCUCUAGCCGCACAUGCUGCCGAGUCAGGCAAUUAUUCUUCGCCAGCUUCGCACAGCCAUGUUUAUUCGGCACCGAGUGGUCCUUCCUCCGGCCCUGAUGCUAGCAGCAAGACCAGCCCGUGCUCACAAGCAACGUCAUUCAAGCCAGAGGAAAGCCAAUUGCCAACGCCGGAAACUGUCAUGGACCAAGCCAACAAUGAGACACUUGCGCCGCCGGUCUAUGAACCUCCAACAGGGGUCAUGGAUUUCAACAACUCGCCGUUUUUCGAUUUCCUUCGCGAUGUUCUAUACGAGCAGCCAUUUGAUCCGAACAAGAUGACGGCCACGCAAGGAAUGCCCGUUCUUGAUUUCUGCGACAAUGCCAACCUUGAACUGACGGACCUAGAUUUUGGCAUGCUGGACCAAUGGAACAUGGACGGCAUGAGUGAAGGCACCAUGCCUGUUCAGGAUUUCGUCGGCCGCCCUGAAAAUUCACCCGAGAUAAACCAGAUGCGAAAGAGCUUAGUCAAAGUCUGGACUGAAUCGCCAUGGCGUUGGGAUCCAAAUUCUAAUGACAGUGGGUAUAAGGAGCAGAGCUUCUUUGCUGUAUCGGCCCAAGAUACAUCCAGCUCCCAAUUUCAACAUAGCCGAGAUCGUCUGGAAAGAGUUGUCGUCGAGAAAUUGGAGCAAUCCGGAAGAGACCGGGUCAUGGCCAUUCUCCUCUCCCAGUGCCGCCAGACCUCGGUAGCUAACCAAGUUGCCGCGUCUUUCCCCACCGUGGAAGUGCUGGAUACCCUCACGCAUAUUUUUCUUGCUGCUCAAGCUUGCCAGGUAGACUCUUGGAUUCACUUCCCCACGUUCAAACUCAAGGAUCAGUGGCCAGAGUGGAUCGCCAUGGCUGCCGCUCACGGGGGCUACUUGACGCCCGUGCCAACAUUGCGCAAGUUUGGUUUCGCAGUGAUGGAAGCCGUCCGCAUCACAAUUCCGGCUCGGUUCGAAGAGAACAAUACGGCGAUCCAGCGGUUAGGCUUAGUUCAAUCACUAAUCUUGGUCCAGGAUCUUGGUCUCUGGAGUGGCAACCGCCGUAGGAUGGAAAUCGCAGAAUGCCACCUUGUCAUUCCUGUCACGAUGAUGCGAUAUCGAGGCAAGUUUCAAAGAGCAAAGUAUCCCAUUAUCAAUGUCGAUGCAUCGGAAGAAGGCGAAGCUCUCGAGGCAAAGUGGAAGUUGUGGAUCGAGAGAGAGCAGUGGAAACGGUUCGAGUUGACUUUGCCGCUGCCCGAAGCCAGAGAGUUGUGGCUGGCAAAAACGGCACGGGAAUGGAAGGCACAGUACCUUGAGAGGAACGCAGGACUUUUGAAGCGGCCACCGUCUGUGGGUGACGUAUUCCACGACGUUCACCUGCUGACGGCAAAUCACGCGCGUCUGGACGUUCAGUUUUCGAUUUCCAUCUUUCUUCACGGAUUCUGGGCCUUGAUUCUGGAAUACCGACAACUCAGUUCGGUGCACAAGUCGCGGUCGUAUGCGAACAGCCUGGGAGGCAACCCCAACUUGCUCCUGAGCUCUCGUCACCAAGAGCUAGUCAAAGACCUGCAGAGCUUUCAUCUCAUUGCGGCUGGUUGGCAAGACAUGUCGGCACGGGAGCAUCUACUCCUCUACCUUCUAAUGAUGAAUCUGCACGUGUCCCUGGACGACUUGCAAUUGUUCCUGGGCAAGGAGGGCGAAGACCAGGCCCGGCGCAUCUACCCAAUCCUGCAGCAAUGGAUCACCAGUUCUGAAGCCCGCUCGGCGGCUUGGUGCGCGUCGCAGGUUCUGCGCUACGCCAGAUUCUUCCCGCCAGGUCACCUCAAGGACUUUUACGCGGUAGCGGUACACCACGCCUCGAUCACGCUGUGGACAUAUGGGGUAGUGACAAGAGCAAACCGGCGGCAGUACGUGGCCUCGCAGCUUGGGGCAGAGCCAAUAUACUUGGACGGUGCGGACUCGAUCGCGAUCCAGCGAUUCAUUGGGUUCGAGCAAGGUCGGCCCUUGAUCAGGGGGCCCACGAUUCGCGGAACAGCAACGGAGGCAGCGCUGCAUGCCCCCCGGGCCUGCACGGAGACGGCUCAGGAUAUUCUGCGCGUCAACUUUACGCAGGCGCAGGAGGGACUGCCUCCCAUGGUUGAGAACUUGAUUCAACUGAUCAAACAGCUCGGGAAUGCGGCGUGGGCAGUUGGCUUGGGUUGA